GCUGGCUGCACUCGCUGCGACUUGCCUCGGUGGGGACAGUCUCGCCUUCUCGCUUCAUCUUUAGUUUCCUGUCUGCCUCAGCCUGCAGCAGUUGCAUGGCUGGUGGCGAUCGGAGGGAGCAUUAUGAUGCUGGCAUGGCGUGGCCGCACAUCAUCUUUGCUGCGCUUGUCAUCGGUUUCGUGCUGGUGCUUGCGUUCAUCAAGCCUCCAAAGGAGAUUGGUGUGCAGGUAGCAGCGACAGCAGGGGCGGUGUUUGCUGCCAUGGCAGCUCGUCAGUGCUGCUACCUCCUUUGUGAGCUGCAUCGGCUGCCAGUGAGAUCCAUGGGAAGUGCCCUGAAGACAACUGCUGAAUGUUGCCAACUGCCAUGGUCUACAUGGCUGGUGUUCAUCACCUGCUUUGUCCUGUCCUUUUUGAUUGUUCGUGAACAUCCCGAUGAGCUGUGGUGCACCUUCGCAGGACUCGGUCACGUGCAUUUACUUGUGGCUUUUGUCACCAUGCUUUGCGUCUGGGAGGCAUCGCAGAUGGAGCAGCGGUACCAUCUCAGCCGCCUGGGGUCCUCGCAUGUGGGCGAGAACCUCGCCUGGGCCUACGUCUUCAACUAUCUCUCGGUGCUCACUGAUCCCUGCAGCAGGCUCCACGACCGCUCGUUGUGUUCUCUUUGGGAACGGAUGACGCAGUAUGAGCGGGACAACGAUGUCAUCCUUGCUAUCAAGAAGCUGAUCGUCCUUAUGCCAACAUCGUGCUACAUUGAACCGGAGUUGGGAGUUGGUGGUGAUGAGGACAUCGAAGUGGCCAACCGCAUGGACGAACUGAAGAUUUCUCGAGCUGGCACUCGGGAACGCAAAUACACCAACACUGUUUACAAGAUACGGAAUGGUGAUGACAGUCCGUUCUACUGUGUGGCUGAAGGUGCAAGCCCGCUGCUGACGCUGAACGACAUGCGAGAAUGUGGCGAGUUGACGGCUGAACAGCAGCAAGUACAGAUGAGAAACUUUGUUGACAAGUUGCGGGAGCUAGUCAGCGGCAAUGCAGCUUGUCGGUCGCGCAUCCUCUUGGUUCAGUACAAUGACAUGGGUGAAGACGGCCAUCCAGUGCCUGUCUCUUCUGUUCUGAGGAACAUCAUCAAGAAGGAACUGGGGUUGACUUAAUUCAUCAUUGUGCUUGUGUCACAGCCAUUUAUUACAACAUGAAAUGUCGCUUUUCUUGCUCUCA